AGAAGCGCUCCUGGAUCCAGAAGAUGCCGCCGCCCAGGGGCUUGUGCGCGAACCACUCCAGCGCCGACAUGGCCCAGCCGCCGCUGAUCGGCGGCGGAGCACCCUCAACGUUCCGCGGGCGGGGCUGGCCCGGCCCGGCCCACUGCGGCAGCGGCGGGCGGAGCGCGAAGGUUGAGAAGCGGGGGAGCCUCGAAGGGGUCUACGAUCCACAAAACACAAUCGGGUGAUUCGUUCUGAGGAUACCGGGAACCCGUGGGAGUGCUCAGCCUCCUCCCGUCCGCUGCCGUCCGUCCAGCCGCCUCGCAGCUGCCAGGGAUCCCGAUUCCAGAGGACUUUCCCUCCCCAAGGCAUCGGCUGCCUUCCCCUGAGUGAGUGCCCGAGAAACUGAAUACUACCUCCAAAUGGCUGGGUCAGGUAGAGGAAGAGGACGUGCUUCGUUUACCUUCAACAUUGAGGCUAUUGGAUUUGGUAACGAUGCAGCUCUACCUGAUGUCAUCUGUAAGCCUCCACUACCAUUUCCAAGUACAGACGAUAAGCCAGUGCCUCUGAAAACAGGAGAAGAUGAAGACUACAUGUUGGCCUUAAAACAAGAUCUUAGAGGAACUAUGAAAAGAAUGCCUUACUUUUUGACAGUAGAAGAAGAACAUCAAGCAAUUGAGAGGUACAGUCAAAAGUACCAGGACAGUGAAAAGGAGCAGAAAACAUGGAUUCCAGAUUGGAGAAGACUCCCAAGAGAGAUGAAACCAAAGAAGACAACCAAAAAAGGUGCAAAACCAAAAAAGGCAAAAAACUUUGAGCCUAAAAGUAAUCUGGAUGUGAUAAAAAAAAUUGAGGAGUUGGAAAAGAAGGAUGAUGAAGAAGAAAAAUCUGAAGAUGAGAAAGACAAAACAAAAGACAAAGAAGGUGAAGAUGAUGAAGAAGCAGAAGAACCAGAUGAAUAUGAUGAAGAGGAACAUGAAGAGGAAAAUGACUACAUUUCCUCCUAUUUUGACGAUGGAGAUGACUUUGGUGCUGACAGUGAUGACAAUAUGGAUGAAGCAACAUACUAACUGUGGUUGCUACGUGCUACACUGCUCAAGCCUUACACUACCUGAAGUAGAAUUCUGGAGGUAGGCUGAAUAUCAACAGACCUAAUGCUUUAGCUCCAUUGGUUUUAAGCAGACUCUCCAAAACCACAUUGGAGUUUAAUUGUAUUAUGCUGUAAAAGAGGAUAUGAGAUCCUUUGGUUUGUUCUUUUGCCAAGUGUUUUGCAGAUAUGCGCCUUUUUAAGGUCUUCUGGAAUGCCUCCUGAUGGAGUAAGCUAUAUGCCAUUGUGUCACCUCUGCACAGAAAAAGAAUGUAUGCAUUUUACUUGAAAUUGUGCCUAAGCAUUUGCACUAGUCAGUUCUGUGCCUCAGCAGUGAAAUCUUGAAACCAGUCAUGAAAUUCUUGAUGACUGCAGCAAAAGAGAUAUGGCCUUUAUGGACAUAAACUGCUUGCAUUUGGCAGCUGACUUCUCUGAAAGAAGCUUAUGUAACUUCUGAGUUCAGGUGACUGGAAAUAAUUGAUGACUAAGCACUUUAAUAUAAACUGACUUGAAAAAACCUUAGAAAUAUAGACAAACAAUAUGACAGUAAUUUGAAAAGCCAUUACUGUAGUUAGAAGAAUACAUUGCUUUUAGUAUUUUGGUAAAAUGUAUUACAUUACCUUUAUGAAUCACCUUAAGUCAUAAUUAAGGACAAUUUGAUUUAAAAAGAAUAUAUGGCAGAAGUUAGGAAAUUACAAAAUCCUGGUUUCACCAGUUAGUGAAAAUUUCAGUCCUUUGCCUCAGUUUCUCUGCCUGUUACAGUCUUUCUUACCUCACAGAGCUGUUAAGUGAGAAGGCAGAUGAUAUGUAUCUAUGUAAUUGUUAAUGCAUUUGUUUACUUCCUACAGAACAAACAAGACAGAAACAGACAGCAAAUCAAUAGAAAAUAAAACCCAAAAAUGUUAGAAAAGAAUGUGGUGCAGUAUUUUAAUGCAUGAGGUUUUAAUUAGAAAAGCAAGGGGAGAAUGCUAAGAAUAGCAAAACCAGAAUGUUUGGAAACAUCAAUUUUAUUUAAGAACAAAAGUUGAAGUUUUGAAAAUUUAUUACUGAGUUUGAAUAAUACAGUAACAGUGUAUUCUUUGUGUCAUCUUUUGAUGGUACAAAAUAUUAUUGGUCAGUAUAAUUACAUUACUAUUGAUUGUUGUAGUUUUUUGGGUUUGGGGUUUUUUUUGGAUUUUUUUUUUUUUUAACUUUCUUAAAACAUGUUCCUGUUAACUAGUGCUGUUACUGGCGCUAAUGAAAAGUUUUAAACAAAACCAAUUCUUUUUAUCAGCAAAGGAAACUACAGUAGUUUUCCUUGCAUGUCUGGCAUUCUGUCAAGCAGUACUUCACCUCACUUGACUGGGAAACAGUUCUGCAUUAUUCUGUGCACUUCUAUAUGCAGUAAGAAUUUAGUCCUUAAGGUGUAGCUUUUAAAUGUUCUGAUAAAAUACGUAUCAUAUGUAAAGGAAAUUAAACUUAAAUGCUAUGCAGGUCACACCUCAGAGGUAUACCACUUUUAUUUUGAAGUGUUUAUUGACUACAAAUGUUUAAUAAAGAUUCUACUGCAUUGCAUAGGAAA